UGGGAAUAGAUGGGAGCUCGGAAAAACUGACUCACGGCCCCAGGUAAAAUUUUCUUAUGGAACUGACUGACCUCCCCCUUAUUGGCUCUGCUCUUCCUAUCGCCCGUGGGUUGCGUCACUUUUGGAGUCUGAAACAACAGGCUUCAGGCUUGAACUAGUCAGCAAGGAAGCAACGCUACAUUUUAAUAAUCGAUUAAUCGUAACGUAAACGCCUGGUCAGGGCCCGUUCCACAACAGUGUUUCAACAACAUGUGAUAACAAGGUUCACUGAGGCUUGUUUGGAUGAACUGUUUCAACUUCUAGCAGUCUAGAAAAUUCAAUCUUCUAUGUAUGUGCACAUACCUCUUUGGAACAAAACAAAUAUUUAAGUAUCAUACAUUCAUACUGUCAAUCUUGCAAGGUUCUUUUAAAGGAGAGGCAUGAAGGAACGAGAAUCUAUGAGUAAUCACCAAAAACAAGUUUCCCAAGCCAAGGAAUUUAAGAGAGAGUUAGUUGCUGAAGUUGGAGGGGGUUUUGACGUGUACAACGUGGAAACAGCGCUUCCCAAAAUUGAAUGGGACACCGUAGAGGCUAAUCUUCGAGCAGCCAGUGAGGAAGAGAAAAGGAAGCGAAAUGACCGAGAAGAAAUCAGGCGACGUUUGGCCAUGGGUGUUGAAGCUGAAGACGGACAAGAAUCGGAUAAAGGCAAAAGGCCAAGCUUGCAAUCCCGUCUUCAAAGUGUUUUCCCUUCAGGAAUGAAUCUGCAGAUUUGUUUUAUGAAUGAGACGGCAGACGGCGGUGACAUCGACAAUCAAAAGGAGCUGUUAGAUAAUUUAAAAUUGGGUUCUCCUCAGAGUGACAUAAAAAAUCCAUAUGUCAGCCUACCAGUCGUAUCCAGUCUCAAGCAACCAAAACUGCAGCAGGAGCUAGCUGAAUUGGACUUUUUCUCCCAACAAGCCAAGCUUCAAAUGGAAGCACGCACUGCUCUAGCCCAAGCAAAAGAAUUAGCGCGUGUCCAAAUGCAAGUAGAACGUCAACAAAGAAAACACACCAGGAUAAGCGACCUUGUUAGGCAGAGUUUAGAGAAGUUGGGAAUUCCAUUUCCAUGGGACUGUCGUCGUCUCAGUCGUCAAAUAUUAACCGAGCUUAACAUCGCUCAAUUACAAGUCAUUGUAAACGAUCUACAUACUCAGAUAGAAGGAUUAAACGAAGAGCUCGUUCAACUUCUGCUAAAGCGAGAUGAUUGCCAUAUGGAACAGGAUUCUAUGUUAGUGGAUAUUGAAGAUCUUACACGUUUUUUGACAGCAAAACAAGCAGCCUUAGAUGCAUCUAGUCGGAUCGCAGGUCCUGUGUCCCUCCCAGUUCAAGCAGUCCAGAUGAAUUCGCCGUCCCCGUAAAACAUCAGGCAUUACUUGUCUUUGGUCCAUGUUUUUUUAUUCUAUAAUAGCAAUCAAAAUCCCUCUUUUCAUUUUUGUCCUACUUGAAUUAACAUGCUUCGUCAUCAUUACGACACGUUUUCUCUCCUUCACUCUCUUUCACUUUCUUUCUGCUUUUAGUGUAUUUUUUCUUAUUUCGUAAUUAAAUUUCAUAGUAUCUGAACAGUGAACCCCCAGUGAUGGACAGUGAAUACUUAUAGAUUAGCUAUUUCUUCAGUUCAGUGUACAAAAUGUUUUCCCAUAUUCGACACAUUACAUAUAGCUUUAAACAGCAA